AACAACAACACAACACUAAUACAUGUAAUAGUAAUACAAAUAAUACUAUUAUUUAGUUAUAAAAGUUUUUUUUUAAUACCAAAAGCACCGGUAGUUUAGAGGACGAGAGGACAUACAUCUACUACUACUACUACUACUACACCAACCAGUGAUGUCGUCAACACCGAUGGACACAACACCGCCGCCGAUGGACACAAAUCUGCCGCCGAUUGACACAAAUCAGCCGCCGAUGGACAUAAAACCGCUGCCGAUGGACAUAAAACCGCUGCCGAUGGACAUAAAACCGCUGCCGAUGGACAUAAAACCGCUGCCGAUUGACACAAAUCAGCCGCCGAUAGACUUAAAGCCGCUGCCGAUUGACACAAAUCAGCCGCCGAUAGACAUAAAACAGCCGCCGAUGACUGACAUAAAGCUUCAGCCGAUGACUGACACAAAUCAGCCGCCGAUGACUGACACAAAUCAGCCGCCGAUGACUGACUUAAAGCCGACACUACCGUCCGAACCUGUGGUGGUCAACAAUACAUCAGUCACUGUCCCCGCCGACGGUAAUAACGGAGCUGACGAUGCCUUAAGCUAUACCCGACGGUCAGAGUUUACGUCCGAAACGUUUAAGAUUGAGAUCAGAUAUUUGCCAAAACAUAUCUCAUAUCCGUUGCUGAAGAAACUGAUGUCAAAACUGGGACUCAAACCGUUGAAACUCAAGCUGAUCGGUGGCCGCGUACGCGGCCAAUGGACACACGCUUUCGUAACGUUUCGAUGCGAUGCCGAUCGAGACAAGGCAUUGGYCGAACUCGACGGACACGAAUGGAAAGGUCAGCGAUUGUCGGUAAAACCGGCCAAUCCGGUACCCGACCCGUUGGUCAGCAAACGUAAUAAUAAUAAUAAUAACAACAAUAAUAAUAAUAAGCGAUUGGCGACCACUACUGACAACAGUACAGCCGCCGAUAGUAAUGGACGACAACAACAUCAACAACCAGUGGCUGAACUAACCGCUGAACAGUUGGCCGAAACACUCAAUACACAAGUGGCCAGUUUGUGGCGAUUGCCAUACGCUGAACAGUUAGCCGAAAAACGUCGCCUAUUAGUCGAGUUUCUGCAAUCCUAUAGCCGACAGCUAUCGAAAAUUGUCGACCAAAGUGACUCCCAGUCCGUCGAUAGACAACAAUUGGUCAGUUGGUUGGCCGAAAUGCGUCUGAAAUGUCCGGAAACCCGGUGUUGUCCACUGGAAUCGAUACGUUCGGUCAGCGAUCGAGUGGAUGGCUAUCGAAAUAAAUGCGAAUUUACUGUCGGUUUGGAUAAAACAGUUGGUUUCCGGUUAGGUCUCUAUCGGGACGGCUGUCUAAAAGUGGUUGCACCGCCAGCCGACUGUCCAAUAGUUGGCCAGGAUAUGCGUCGGGCUUUGACUGGUGUCCAGCGGUAUGUACGCGAUGUCAGUCAAUUGGCCGGUUUUAAUCCCGAAACACACGACGGCUAUUGGAUUCAAGCGACUAUACGUACUGUACGUUCGGGCCAGUCGAUGGUCAUACUGGCCAUACAUCCGCAAUCGAUGACCGCGGAUGAGAUUAAUGCCGAAAAACAAGGUAUCGUCAAGUUUUUCGAAGAUAACGUCAACGAGUUUCGGGUAACUUCACUGUACUUGAGUAUAUCGGCCGAACGUCACGGCCAUACGUUGGCCACUAAUCUGCAGCAUUUGUACGGUACGGAAACCAUUAGCGAAACUAUCAAUAUAUCCGCGGAUCGAUCGCUAGAGUUCCGUAUCAGUCCGUUAGCCUUCUUUCAGAUCAAUACAUCCGCUGCCGAACUAUGCUAUCAAUCGAUUGGCCAACUGGUCAGCAGCGGCGGUACCGGCAAUGAGUCCACCACUACUACUACUACUACACUAUUGGACAUAUGUUGCGGUACGGGUACUAUUGGCCUGUGUUUGGCCGAUCGAGUUAAACAUGUCUACGGUAUUGAAUUGAAUGCCGAUGCCGUUCGGGACGCCUGUUUCAAUGCCCGACAAAACCGUAUCGAAAACUGCGAGUUUACUGUCGGUAAAGCCGAGGAUCGUUUGACGCAAGUAAUGGGACAGUUGUCCACCACUAGUGAAUCGGAUAUCGUUGCCGUAGUCGAUCCGCCCCGGGCUGGACUCAAUAAUUCAAUAGUCAAGUGUUUGCGCGGCAAUCAAUUGGUCAGGAAAUUGGUGUACGUGUCGUGCGAUCCGCAAAAAGCCAUCAAAAAUCUUAUAGAUCUGUGUCGGCCAACAUCCAAGUCGUACAGAGGACAGCCGUUUGUACCGGUAGUGGCCAUACCAGUGGAUAUGUUUCCGCACACCAAUCGAUGCGAACUAAUCGUUGAGUUUGAACGGCUUUCCUCGGCUGUGUCCUCACCAGCAAACAGUUGUAUUAAAACUGAAGAUUAAUAAUUAAUAAUUAAU